CAUCUUCCUCUCCCUCGACAACUACCCAAAAACAGGAUAAGCCAUGGCCAUUCCACGAUAUCGGAGAUUCACAGCUGCCAAGACCAGCCCAACAAAUGGUAUCAGCAAGAAAAGCUCACGAAGAAAGUUGCCGUUGCUCGUGUUCUUUUUCGUUGGGUUUCUGGCCACACACUUUACUCGAAAGCUCUUGAAAAAUGUCGAACCGGAGGGAAUAGUACAAGCGGGAAGACAGUUGGCAGUUAAACUCAUCACGUCAUCAUCGUCAUCGGCUGAACUACAGACUCCAUCUCUUCCCACAGCCAAGGUGGUCUUUGUCGUGUCCUUAACGAGCUGCUUGCCCAAAUUCAAAAGAACGCUGUUUGAUGCCGCCUCGGUGCUCCGUCGAUCCAUUGAACUCAACACGUAUCCCCUGCACCCCAAUGCAUCCUACCAAGCCGACUUGGUGGCACUGCUUCCCACGCAUUUGCAACAGCCCAAUGGCUGUGGUUCCAUUUUGGAACAGGCUGGAUUUGAUGUACGGAUCGUGCCGCUACCCGUGUCUCCCGAUGAGAUUCGUGGUGGUGAGGGAUUCAUCCUGAAAGAUGCCAUUCACCGCAAUGGAUGCUGUGGGCAUUCGGAGCUGCUCAAAUUGCAUGCCUUUAGUAUGGUCAAUCACUCGGUGGCGGUACACUUGGACAUUGACACUCUAUUGCUGGCGCCUCUCGACGAACUCCUGGACGCCAUCUACUACGAUCCGGCUACUUCCGAGCAAGGCAUUCGAGCAAGGCGUCAUUUGGUAGAGGCGGGGUUGGUAGCGCCAACGUAUCCCCACACGGCGCAAAUCCAAAAUGUCACCACCCGAAUCGAUGCCUUUUACACCAAGGACUACAACAUCAUUCGACCGGGACAGGAAAGUCGUGUUGGAGUACAAGGAGGAUUCUUUGUGGUAAGACCCAACAUUACGCGACGAGACGAACUCAUUGAUAUGGUCAAACAGGGCCAUUUCGUUGGUGGUCGUAGUGUCACAGAAUCGGGAUGGUUUAGUAGCGGAUACGGAAUGCACAUUUGGGGUGCCAUGACCAUUCAGGGCUUGUUUGCCUAUUACUUUGACAUGAUUUUGAAGAACCAGGCGAUUGAGUUGCAUCGCUGUCGCUUCAACCAAAUUGCCGACAAUCCACGACGUUCCUCCCAUGACCGCACUGGAAAAUACGCCCGCCCCACACCCGCCAAUGCCAGCGCUGAAUGGUACGAUACCACCUGUCGUGAUGGCAGGAACAAUUGCGACGAUGUUCAAUGUCAGACGUGGCCUCUGGAAGAUACGCGGAUUGUCCAUUACACGUACUGUAAGGUGCCAUGGGGAUGCAUGGGGAUCAGUGACCCACCCAUGUUUUGGAACGAUGGAGUUUGCAGGGGAAUGAUAUCUCGUUGGUUUGACAUUCGGACCAAACUGAAAGGUCAAGAGGAGGCAGAUGGGACCUAUCAACCAGAGAUUUACAAUGGUUUUUGCAGGGAUCAUCGCAGCUACAUUCCCAUGAUCCCCCAUCCAAACACAACUAUAUGAAUUAUUUGAGACUACUAGCUAGCCCUAGCAGAUUACUUUUCAAAGCUAUGCAAAAAUGGCCGUGAUUGAAUGAUUCAAUCAUUCUAUUCGAUUCGA